GAAGAUGCUUUAACCAAAACUGAUUUUACUUUUACUUGCACCUUUUAAAAGCACUACAUAUGGUGCUGAAAAUAUUUCAAGUAAGGGUAUGGUUUGAGGAGAGAGCAAAAAAGGAAGAGAGAAAAAGUCAGGAAGCACUGAGAUCAAUGUGUUUCCUGAACAAAUUCCGUUUUAAUCAGAGCGCCACCUGAUCUGGGUCAGUCGACCCCUCCACAGACAUCAGAGAGAAAUCAGAAGAAAGGAGAGACAUAUAGACAAGAUACGUGAGAGACAAGUUCAUCUUGUGCCCACUAUUUUACUUGUAUGUCCGACUUCUCUGAAGCUCACCAUGAAGCACUCCACAACAUCUCCAGAUUCUGAGUUACAGUACGAAGUGUAUGAUUACUCAUCAAACACUUCUUCCAAAGACGAUCCUCUACUAGAUGAGGACUUUGCCCCCUGCAGUCUGAAGGAUACAUGGGCGAUUCUUGGUCGCUUUGCCCCCGUGGCUUACUUCCUGGUCUUUAUCCUGGCACUAGUGGGUAACGUUCUGGUUCUGUGUGUGAUCCGCCGCUAUCGGCAGUCUCGACACAGCCCCUGCUCCUUCUCACUGACAGACACCUUCCUGCUCCAUUUGGCCAUCUCUGACCUCCUACUGGCAUUAACGUUGCCAUUUUUUGCCGCUGAGUGGAUCAACGAGUGGGUUUUCGGUGUAUUCAUGUGUAAAAUAGCUGGAGCGUUGUUCUCGCUGAACGUCUAUUGUGGGGUGCUAUUCCUGGCCUGCAUCAGCUUCGACCGAUACUUGGCCAUUGUUCACGCCAUUAAUAUCAGCCGGAAACGUAAGACCUGCCACGCUCAGCUGGCCUGUGCCGUCAUCUGGAGCGUCUGCCUGGGACUGUCGAUGGUGGACGUCUACUACCGUUACGUGGUGAAUGUAUCCGGCAUAAACCGGAUGAGAUGCCAGUUAGAAUUUUCUCAAGAGAACAGCCAGCAAUGGCAGGUCGCCAUGCAGCUGGUUAGCAUGAUUCUUGGAUUCAUACUUCCCCUAUUAGUCAUGCUGUACUGCUACCUUCACAUUUUCAAAGCACUGUGCCACGCCACACGUAGACAGAAACGACGCUCGCUGAGGCUCAUCAUCUCAUUGGUCAUUGUGUUUGUAGUCAGUUGGGCGCCUUACAAUGCCUUGCGGAUGACCGCCAGCUUGCAGAAGCUUGGGGUUAUUUCCGAAACCUGUGCCCUUCACAAGGUGCUAGAUGUGGGCAUUUUCGUAACAGAAAGCCUGGGGUUGGCACAUUGUGCUUUAAAUCCACUACUCUACGGCCUUGUGGGGAUAAAGUUCCGUCAUGAGCUGGCCCAGAUGUGCAAGGCUGCUUUAGGACCCCAGGGGUGCCUCGGGUUAGCAGGAUGGGCAAACGGUCGGGGAUCAAGCCGCAGGCCUACUGGAUCAUUCAGCUCAGUGGAGAGUGAGAAUACCUCGUACUUCUCUGUCAUGGCCUGAAUAGAGUGCAAAUGACAUGAGCAAGCAUGCAAGAAUACAAGUGACAGCUCUUUUUAUCUGGAAUUAGGAAGAAACCACAAUUUCAGUUUGUGUAAUCUGAUAGAUAUGAAACCUCCUUCAUGUUCUUUAUUAUUCUUCUUCUUUUUUUUUUUUUUUUUUUUGCAUUUUCUAAUGCCGUCUUAACGUCCAUUCUGUUUGAGGAGAUUUUGUCAUGAAUUUUCUGUAUUGUUAAAGAUCUACAGGCAUGUUUUAAAUAUGAAGAAUAUCCAAAAAUUGCAGUAUUUUUUUCCAUUUUUGCUUCAUUUUAACUAUAAGCUCUAUGUCUUUUAUAUUUUCCAAGAAUUCCAUAUUGAGGUAAAAAAAAAAUAUAUAUAUAUAUAUAUGAUUUAAAAUAAAAAAUAAAAAGAAUUCUGUAGAUGGUUUUUUUUCAUCAACAAUUCCUCCUUUUAUAGCAGCUAUAACUGUAACAAUGAAUCAUUUGCUGAGUUGUCUAGUGUCACAAGCAGGAACUGAAAACAGGCUCCACGUUAAUUUGCUUUAUUUCUCAUCUUCAUUAAUAACUCUGUAACAUCAAACUCAGUUUUGUUUAUCAUUUUAUUAAUCUGUUUUUUAAUAUUUUAAGUAGAUGUCGUAACACAUAACACAUUGUAUAAAGUACAUCAUAGAUAUCAGCAUACAAAUCAGGAUGUUUUCUCCUAAUGUACGUUUUGUAAAAUAUUUCGAUUGUUAUAUUUGUUAGUUCUGUGUUGCCACCUCUGAUAAAGAAUAGAUUCCAUUACUUUUGUAAUAAAGGUUUGUGUGACUCACUUUUACUACUCUUCUUCAGCUCUAGAUUGAAGAGGAUGUGACACAUAAAUAUGAAUUCUGAGAAUGACAGCCUCAAAGGAAACACAGAGCAAAAGGUGUUAUCGCUUUUCUUCCAUCAUUAAAAUUACUUGUUUCAAUUA